GGUUUGUGGGAAGGAGUUGUUCUGUCCUUGUUUUGAUCGGAUCAGCUGAUAUUCUGCCUUCUUGUCUACCCUACGGUGGGAUGGUUACCUGCUCAGAUCUUUUCUGAAUCACAAAUCUUCGGCUCCCAGUUGACCAGAGUUACCUGGCUAUCGUAUGUGAGAUUAUCCACUUGUGCUUGCAGAAAGAUCGUUCAUGAUUUCAUCAGAUAGCGAAGAGGAACUGUACACUGAGAGGACGGCUCUGAUGUCAGCCAGCUCCUCUGCAAUGCCUUCCUAUCAGGAAAGGGAUGGGAUGCCUGGUGCUGCCAAUGUCCGGACUAACCGACGCCGAUUGGCAGCCAGUCAACCAGCAAAUCCUGCAGAGAGGAGCAAUGGCACCGAGAGUGGGCCUGCAAACAGAGAUACAGGUGGAGAGGGCGAGGAGGAAGAGGAAGAGGAGCUAAUUCUAAAGUAUGGGGCGAAGCACGUCAUCAUGCUGUUUGUUCCUGUUACGCUCUGUAUGGCAGUCGUGGUGGUGACAAUUAAAUCCGUCAGCUUCUACACACAGAAGGAUGGGCAACUAAUCUACACCCCAUUUACCGAGGAUACAGACUCUGUUGGACAACGUAUCCUUAACUCCAUCCUGAACACAUUAAUAAUGAUCAGUGUUAUUGUCGUAAUGACUAUAAUUCUUGUUUUUCUUUACAAGUAUCGAUGUUAUAAGUUUAUCCAUGGAUGGCUGAUUCUAUCCUCUCUCCUGUUGCUAUUCCUCUUCACGUACAUUUACCUAGGUGAAGUCUUUAAGACAUACAAUGUGGCCAUGGAUUAUCCCACCCUGAUCCUAAUCAUUUGGAACUUUGGAGCAGUAGGAAUGGUUUGCAUCCACUGGAAGGGACCUCUGCAGCUCCAGCAGGCUUACCUCAUCAUGAUCAGUGCACUGAUGGCCUUGGUCUUCAUUAAAUACCUCCCUGAAUGGUCAGCUUGGGUCAUUCUUGGUGCAAUAUCUAUUUAUGAUCUAAUAGCAGUGUUGUGCCCGAAAGGUCCCCUGCGUAUGCUUGUGGAAACAGCACAGGAGAGGAAUGAACCAAUAUUUCCUGCCUUAAUAUAUUCCUCCACAAUGGUUUGGUUGGUAACGAUGGCGAAGCGAAGUGUGGACACUGAGGAGCCUCUGAACUACACCUGUAAUGCAGAUAAUUAUCCUGAUGUGGAGAUUGAGGCAAAUCACCAGCCUACUGAAGGAUUGGAGAAUGUUGCUGAUUUGCCUCCAACUCAAAUCCAAGGGGUGCGCCAAUCAGCUGCCGGGGGAGAGGAACUCGAGGAAGAAAAGGGCGUGAAACUUGGCUUGGGGGACUUCAUCUUUUACAGUGUCCUGGUGGGCAAGGCUGCUGCAGGUGCCAGUGGAGACUGGAACACAACCUUGGCCUGCUUCAUUGCCAUUCUGAUUGGAUUGUGCCUCACGCUCCUGUUGCUGGCUGUGUUUAAGAAAGCCUUGCCAGCACUCCCCAUCUCCAUCACCUUUGGCCUGGUGUUCUACUUCUCCACUGACAACCUGGUUCGGCCUUUCAUGGACACUCUUGCUUUUCACCAGUUUUAUAUUUAAGAACUCGACUUAAACUCCACCUCACUUGGACUGCUGAUAGUAGGUGCAGGGUUGGGGAAAUUUCAGCACUGAUCUUAACCUUGUAGAGGUCCAGAAGAAAAAGAAAAAUCAUUUUAUAUAUUCAUAAUUUAAUGAUGCAAAUGUUAUAGCCAUUUUGAGUCUGACCAAUUGUGCAAGAUUGAAUUUUAAGAAGUGUCUUUAUAGAAAUAAAAGUAUGUUUAUUAGUAUCUAACAACCCCACUUUUAGUUAUGUAAGAGCACUCUGUCUCACACCAACCCCCACAAAGGAUUUAGAAUGUAAACAAGCAAAUGGAAUAUGAGCGUGCAGGAUGGAAAAUGUGCCAUGAGGUUUCGGACUUAAAUAUGUAGAAGCUUUUAUUUAUUUAGUGUUAGAGGAAUUUUGUGUUUUAGUUGGUCAGCAAGGUGGAUGGAAAAGUUUAGGGGAGCAAGGAGUUGGAAGUGAAGUGAGUUUAUUAACCUAGCAUUGAAUUGUCAUACUUUGAAUAUGAAGGUGAAAGAUGCUCUUUCAGUUUAUAUAACCUAUAAAAUGUAGAAUCAGUGCUCUCCAGUCAAUGUAAGAAUGGAGUCAUCUCUGUGCUGUGGCAGAAGUGGUACUGCAGAUGCUGGAGAUUAGAGUCAAGGUUAAAGUGAUGCUGGAAAAGCACAGCAGUCAGGUAGCAUCCAAAGAGCAGGAAAGUUGACGUUUUGGGCAAAAGUCCUUCAUCAUCUCUAUGCUAUGUUUAGUAGUGACUGUUUACUACAAGAUUCAUUCUGUUUGUCUAAUCAUGUGAAAGAACUAUAAAACAAAUGUUUAAUGUCACCUAAACUUGAUCAUGUGAUCACACUGGACUAUUUGUACCAAAUCAUGAUUGUAUGAGGAAAUGAUUUGUACCCAACCUCCCCAAAACAUUACCUCAGGGUUUUGUAAAGUUUAAGCAAGUAAAAUAGAAUUUUACAAUUA